AUGGCAUCCCCAUCUCCACAGAAGCUGGCCUACAUUACCUUCGAUGUAUUCACGAAAACUCGAUUUAUGGGCAACCCACUUGCCAUAGUCAAGGUUCCGCAAUCAGUAACCCUAACCCAGGCAGACAAGCAGAAAAUUGCUCGGGAAUUCAACUAUUCGGAGACCGUCAUUUUACAGGAAAAUGACCAGGAGCUGGCUCAAAACUCGGCCAUUCCCGAGUGGAAGAUCGGAAUCUUUUUAACGACAGCCGAAAUCCCUUUCGCAGGACAUCCAACCAUUGGGACAACGUGCUAUCUUGGCGCCCAACUCCAGGCGGCACGUGGCCAUUCAGAAUCAUCGAAUUACCCUAUCCAUGGAAAGGUCAUAGCUAAGGCUGGUCCUAUCCCCUUUACUUACGAUCCUGUGUUGAAGACCAGUUCUGUCGAAGUGCCACAAAACUUUCAUUUGCAUGAGAAGGUGCUUACGGUUAAUGAGGCACUGUUUUAUGGCCUCGCACCUACAAUUGUCGAGAACAUGGUACGUCCACCGGCAUUUGUGUCUUUGGUUAAAGGGAUGACCUUCAUUCUUGUCGAAUUGCCCUCUCUGGAGAUUUUGAAUGAGGUUCGUCCUGGUCUCCGAGAAGUCAAUGUCGACGGCCAAUUAGAUACAGAAUGGCACCCCGAUGGAACUUUUACUGCUUUUGCUUUCUUCGUCCGGCUCGGAAAAUCUCCUAAUGGCUCGAGCAAGCUGAGGACCAGAGUCGUCUUUGGCUCUACAGAGGAUCCCGCCACUGGCGCUGCUUCUUGCGCCCUUACCGCUUAUCUUUCGCUUUUCAACCCUGACAAGGGAGACGUAUCAGGAGCUCAGAAAUUUGAGAUUACACAGGGAGUGGAGAUGGGACGUGAGAGUCACAUACAGCUAGAUGUCACCUUGAACGCUUCAAACACUCAUGUUGAACGCUUGAUGCUAGGAGGUUCGGCUGUACAGGUUAUGGAGGGCUCCAUCACCUUGUAG